AAAUGCACCUAGCUGAUGGCAGAGUAUCACAGGUAGCGAAGAUUCCCCAAUUCAAAUGACAGACGAUACUGAGCGAGCAAAAAAGGUUGAAGCUGCUAGAAAGAAGCUCAGACGAUUCCAAGCUACCAAGCUUGCAAAGCGCGGCGAUGCUUCGUCUCCCCGGUCGUCCACCAACGAUGAACAAACAGCAGUGCCGGCUGAAGGACGGCCAUCCUCGGAAACCGCCUCUCGUACAACUUACACAACACAGCCCCAUCUCUUGGCUUUGCCUUCCAGCACGACAUCUUCUGGCAAUUUAACCGUGAGAGGGGAUGAAGUCUGUUCCGAGAGUGAGGAUGGGUUUGCACAGAUGCAAAAAGUAGAGAGUGAACAUGCCUUACCAGGAGGUUUUCCCAAUGUGUCAAGUGUAGAACAAAAGAUUUCCACCACUGUUCCGAACGAAUCCUUGACUCCUUUGUCGUCGGAUCUUGGAUCUUCAGGCCAUCACGAAGAAGUGAAAAGUGACGGUUUGGAAAUGCAACCUGCGUCGUUGCAGAUAGAAUUAGAAAAAACACGCUCAGAUCUUCGGAAAGCCAAUAUUGAGAACGAUCGGCUUGUGAGAGUGGUCACUGACGUUCAAGCCGCGCUAGUUGAGGAGCAGGUCCGGCUGGUCGCAUCAGAUCAGGAAAAGAGACGUUUGAGUCAACAAUUGGUAUCCCACCAGCAAACUCACUCAUCACUUUCAAAUGAAGGUGGCUUUGCAGCACCUAGGCCUGCCACGAAAUUAGACUUGCAGGAAGCGAUACAACGUGAUGAAUGCAUUGAAGCGCUCAAGAAAGAGGCCGAGGAUCUCACCGCUCGUCUUCAAAUUGCGCGGCAAGAACAGGCGAAUACUGCUGCUACGCUUCAAACCGUUCAGGAAGACGUCAAAGUUGCCAAUGCACGGCGGGCACGCGCCAUAGAGCAGGCAAAAGAAAUGGAAGUGAGGAUCCGUGUUCUGGAGAAUGACAAGCAUCAGCUGAUGAACGAAUUAGAGAGCAACCGGCUUGAAUUGGAGGUCAAUAAGCCAAUCGACGAUAUGCAAGAAGAUACAGAUGCUGAGAACCGACAGCGACAAGUGGAGGAGCAUGUACGUAUUGCAGUAAAGGAAGAGCGGCAGCGGUUGGAAGACGAGGCAAACCGUCAAGUUGAGCAAAGGGUCCAGGAGGCUCUUCAACGCCUUCGGGACCAAACUAAAGAGGCACUUCGUAGUGAAUUUGAGGAAAAGUUGCGGAGCAUCGCCGAAGAGCAUGCGCGGGCGGAAGAGGCCAUUCGAGCUGAAGCUGAGACUCGAGUGGCUGAUAUGGAGACGGAAUACGAACGAAUUCGCAGCGAAUUACAGGUUGCCCGCAUACAAGUGAAGGUGGCUGAAGAAAACAGCGCAAAGCAAGCGCAUGAGAUGCGUUCAACAAUGGAGGAGCAUGUGAAAGUGGCCGUUGAAAAAUAUCGUGAACGCAUGAGAAGUGAUAUUGAAUCCCGGAUGGCAGCGAUGGAAGCUGAAAUGGAUGCUCGCGUCAGAAAGGCAGUGAUGGACGAGCGAAGAAGAUGGGAGACUACCCAUGAAGACGCAUUAAUAACUGCAGCCGAUAAAGCAUGCUCUACCGAAAAGGAGCAUUCCUCAUCAUCCUCAAUUGCGGUUGGUUGGGGUAAUCUACGAGUCGACACAAAUUUAGCUCCCGGUACGGUACAUUCUGGAACUCCUCUGUUGAGCACGGUGCCAACAUCAGCUGCUAGCCUGGCCUCGAGCACCGACGUUCGAAGCGACUACGCAGCACUAUUUGAAACACAUACUGACACCUUGCGGCAACUCGGUACUCUUCAAGAGGAACACGCGAUACUUCGCAGCGAACUGGAUCGUCUCCGGCUUUCUCAAGCCGAUAUCGGAACAUUGCUGCUUCGAACCGCGUCUACUCCCUCAGCACGAGAGGCCAUCGAAACAUUACAGCGUCGUUGUGACGAACUGGCCGCGGAAGUGCAAGAUCUGCAGGCAGAUUGUGAAAGACGGAAGGCUGAAGUGGAGAAGAAUAAAUUGGCUACAUGGGAAGCGGAGAGGGCCGAGACCAAGUACGUGGAAAUGGAAGCAGAAAUGAAAAGCGUCCGAGAGAGUAUGGAAAGGGAACGGGAACUAUGGAAGGCAAGGGAAGAGGUUUUGAAAGGGGAAGCCUCAAGAGCACGGACUGACCUUGAUGCAGUGGUGGACAUAUUAGAACGGCUCUGGAGGAUUGCUAGGCCGGUUGAUGCGCUUGAGAACGGAAACAUGGCGUCGGCCAGCACCCCUGUCUUGGCGCGAGAAUGGGAAAACGGGAAUCUGGAGAGGGCCGUCGCAGGAUUGGUUUCGGAGGCCACCAAACUCCGAGAUGCACUUGAGGAGGCACAUAUGGUAAUUGAUUUGCAGCAUGAGAAGAUUGAAAUACUAUUGCAACAACACGGCGGCUCAGGUGUUGGCGAGCGCACAUCAAUUCCACCAUCACCAAACCACAACCGACCACAUGAACCGGGACCGCUCCUGCAGCCCAUUCACACAGCCACAGCAGAAACACAAACCGAAGCCAUGCUCUCGUUUUCUAGAAUCGAAACUAUAAAAGCACGAUUGGCAAAGGCGGGAGUGAUAUGGAAAUUUGAUCGACCUCCUAAUGACCAUUCAUCACGGCAAUCGGGCGACGACCUCCAUACCGAGAGUUUGCAACAUCGCAUACAUACACUGGCACUUCAGCACAGUCAGCUGCAGAGUGCCUAUGCUAACGCCCAAGCACACAUCGCAGCAGUUGAACAGAGUCUCGGUCAUGUGAAAAGACUCGUUGUCUCUCUUUCCGCAGGAAGUGGAGCCGAAGACGAUGGGAAUGAAGAUGAAGAUGAGACCGUUUGGGCCAAGCGAUUUAUGGAGAAGGAAGCUGAAGCGAGUCAAUUGAGAAAGGACUUGCAAAAGUGGAGAGCACGAUGCGAAGAGAUUGAGGAGGUUGUGGAGGAAUGGGGGCUGGGAGGUGGCACUGUACUGAAAGAAGAAACCUCAUGAUCCUGUAGAGCUGUAGACAUCAAUACCUGUACAUUUAUUUUAUUUCUCUCACUUGAAUGGUAUCUGCAAAUGAACUGACUCUGCCAUGCCA